CACACCGUAACCUAGACAUAGGCUAUUCUAGUUAUCAGUAGAUUGCCUAGGUAUCAUCAAAUUGCUGUUUGUUCACAGUAUUCAUUAUAUUAUUAAACUGGUGCGGGGAGUAGCCAUAGGUUUCUUGAAUCUAGUUAUAUUAAUGAGAUUAAACAGUCGGUUUGCAAGGUUCGACGCUCGUAUAUAAACGGAUUUCGAAGUGUUUAUGUCGGCAGUUGACAGAAGCGUAUAUGUAUAUGACUGAUCAUAAGUCACCACACCCAGUGACCGGAUUGUCGGUUUUAGGAUUUAUUAGAUCUUAUAUCGGAUGAUCGUUCACGUGCCAUCGAGUCGGAGUGGUGUGCCUCGGUUGAUAGGCCUGCCGAAGGGACAGGGAUCCGCGCGAGAGGACGGUCUGCGGCCUCCGCCUCGAGAAAACAUGGAGUGCUGCAUGUCAGAAGAAGCCAAGGAACAAAAGAGAAUCAACCAGGAAAUAGAGCGGCAACUCCGAAAGGACAAACGCGAUGCCAGGAGAGAGCUCAAGCUACUUCUGCUUGGCACUGGCGAGUCCGGCAAAUCAACAUUCAUCAAGCAGAUGAGAAUCAUCCACGGCUCCGGCUACAGCGACGAGGACAAGCGCGGGUUCAUCAAACUCGUCUACCAGAACAUCUUCAUGGCGAUGCAGAGCAUGAUACGUGCCAUGGACCUACUCAAAAUACAAUAUGGGAAUCCGUCCAAUUCGGAAAAGGCGGAGUUGAUAUCGUCAAUCGACUACGAGAGCGUGACGACGUUCGAGAGCCCCUACGUGGAAGCGAUCAAGGCGCUGUGGGCCGACUCCGGCAUACAGGAGUGCUACGACCGCAGGCGAGAAUACCAGCUCACCGACUCUGCCAAAUACUACUUACAGGAGAUCGACCGCGUCGCGGCACCAAAUUACUUACCAACUGAACAGGACAUUCUGCGUGUGAGAGUGCCCACAACGGGUAUCAUUGAGUACCCCUUUGACUUGGAAGAGAUAAGAUUUAGGAUGGUGGACGUAGGGGGCCAGAGGUCGGAAAGAAGGAAGUGGAUUCACUGUUUUGAAAACGUCACAUCUAUCAUAUUCUUAGUAGCUCUUAGUGAAUAUGAUCAAAUUUUAUUCGAGUCUGAAAAUGAGAACCGAAUGGAAGAAUCAAAAGCGUUGUUUAAGACGAUCAUCACGUAUCCAUGGUUCCAACACUCGUCGGUCAUUCUGUUUUUGAACAAAAAGGAUUUACUGGAAGAGAAGAUCAUGUACUCGCAUCUUGUAGACUACUUCCCGGAAUACGAUGGUCCACAACGCGACGCCAGCACUGCGCGCGAGUUCAUUCUGCGAAUGUUCGUCGACCUCAAUCCCGAUGCUGAGAAAAUUAUCUACUCGCAUUUCACGUGUGCAACUGAUACUGAAAACAUCCGGUUCGUGUUCGCAGCAGUCAAAGACACCAUCUUGCAGUCCAACCUCAAGGAGUACAACCUCGUCUAAGUGAGCGCCGCUCCUGACACAAAUCUGUGAUUGUGCGUAUCGCGUUUUGAACAUCAUCUCUUCACGGCGACUGUGUAAAUUAACUAAUGAGGAUGAACUCACCAUCUAAACUGAUUUAUAUGAAAUUAAGAAUAGAUUGUAAGUCAUUUAAUCAAUAUUAGCACGGACCGCAUCUCUCGAUCCGGAAGGGUCGCCUCAUUACGCGUCAGGUUUUUUGACAAGUUUUUUAUGAUGAAGUUAUUCACAACUUAUGUAUGUGUCUGUAUCGGUGAAUAUUAAAUUGUGCAUUUUAAAGUCGCGGCGAGUCGCGUUGCCGCGUGCUGCUUUUAGUCAUUGUUUUAGAUUUUUGUAAAGUUUGUUGCCAUUAUAUCUUUCUACAUAAGUAUACAUUUAUUAUGUCCAGAUGGAUUUGAACAAACUAGUCCAAUGAACUUAGGCGAGGUGCGUUAUCCUCGCGGUCGAGGCGGGGAACUCCCGCUCUACUAUUAGGUAUUUAUUUAAUGAUAUGGAGUCCCUCGGUGCGACAGGCGUCGGACCCGCGCGCUGUCGCAUCGUCGCGCUUCGUCGGAAGCUUGUAUUCAGUUAUAUAUUAUAUUGGAUGAAUUGGAAUUGACAUUGCGUUCGUUAAAUGAUUUAACUCGAUAGGAUAACGGCGGUGUUCUCCGCGAAUGCACGCGAAUGUUUUGUUGGUCGUGGCUUCCUUUACGCAGUGGUCUGGUUAUCUUCCUGAUGUUACCUUAUACCGAAAUUCCAUUAUACUAGACGUAUUUCUGAUAGAGGGUUUCUACGUUAGUCGUGUAAGGAUAUUUUUGAAGCAUUUGUAUAACUUUUUUUACUAAAAAACCCAGAUUAAAUUGAAGCUAAAUGUGAAUUGUAAAAAGCGGUGCCGAUGGUUUUUCGCCAAGUAUCCAACAGGAAUGUAAUAUAUUGUACAUUUUGGUCUAAAUGUGCUGAGUGAAUUGAGCGGACAGUUCGAUGCCAUGUUUUGCUAUUGGCACGCCAUCGUAACGCGAAGCACAAAUGUAAUUAAUUAUACACUUUUAUUAUUGUUGUCUAUAUUUUAUAGUAUUUUUACUAAGUAUAUCGCUAAUGUGUGUUUUGCUUUGUGUUAUAUUUUUAGUUACUUUUAUUUAUAGUCUGAGACUAAGUUUCUGUUUGAGAGAUGUAACUUAUUGAAUUUAUUUAUUCGUUGUUGUGAACCCUAUCUUCCGAUACCAUCAAAGCAUAUCUGGGCCAUUCGACACUGUCAAUAGCAAAACUGUAUGCUCCGAGUAAGAUACAGCUGUCUGAAAUGCUCAAAACAUGUGAAAUUGGAACUAAUCGCACAAACUUGAAACACUGUAUACUUUAUUGAUGUUAUCCAAGCAGUAUCUGUGUUCGCAUUGUACAUAUAACUUUCGUUUCGUUUGAUGUAAUUGUACAGCAAUGUAGAAUAUUUUUGACUUGGCGCU